UGUGUGGGGGGUGGCGCGGAGCGCGGCCAUGGCGGGAGUGAGGGGUAUUGUGUCGCUGGCGGCGGCCGCGUUGCUGCUCCUCGUCCUCUUCGCCGGAGAGGCGAUGAGCGGCGAGCAGCGGCGGAUGGUGGGUGCCCCGGUGGAGAUCGGCACCCCCGAGAACGACGAGGGCCUGCAGCGGGCUCUGAGCUUCGCUGUGGCGGAGUAUAACAAGGCCAGCAAUGACAUGUACUCCAGCCGCGCCGUGCGCGUCCUCAGCGCGCAAAGGCAGAUUGUGUCUGGAAUCAAGUACAUGAUGAAAGUGGAGAUUGGCCGGACAACUUGCCCAAAGCCAGCAACUGAUCUCCAGAGCUGUGCUUUGCACGAUGCACCACACAUGGCUAAGCAUUCCGUUUGUGACUUCGUAGUCUACACUGUUCCUUGGCUAAACCAAACUAAACUUCUGAAGAAUACCUGCGAGUAAGCCCACCUUGAUUCCAGCAGAGACCAGCAACCAGUUACUCAGAUUUAAAAGAAAAAAAAAAAGCAAUAACACAAACUGAGAUGGGCUUUAUCCAUGCCUAUUAACUCAACCACCUAUAUAUGCUUGUGCUAUGCAAGUUAAAAUAUGUAACUUUUACUUUAAAGCACAGUAGGAUCUCAGCUUUGGUUUUUUUCCUAAUUAUGAUUUAGAGCAGCUGUUUUGGUCUUCCUACAGCUUUCCCAAUAAAGUAACUCCAACAUCAUAAUUCUGAUUAAAAAAACUGUGUCCCUGUUAAGUGACUUCUGUAAACAUAAAAACCUAAUUUCUGUGAUGUGUGGGGUUUUUUUUCCUUCUGUUGUCUUGGAGGGAGGGUUUGAUUUUGUGACCGAGUCUAUCAUGCCUAGAGAAUAGGGUGAGAUUAAUUGUGCUACCCUGUCCUUUAACGUGGCAUCUGGUUUUGAGUAAGAGAUUGAAGUCCUUAGCUGUUUUCAUUGAAGAAGCUUUGCUUCUGAAAACACUGCAGUCUGCACCACUCUUUAUCUUAAGAGGAUUAACCAAAGCUUGUAUUAAGGCUGUGAUCAUUUCAGGUCCUGCCUGCAUUAACUCUUGUGUUGCAGCAGCCGAUCAGCUGUCUGUAUUUGUUAGCAUUUCUGGCAAAAGUUCUGGUCUUUCUUGCUUUUGAUGACACGAGUGUGCUCGGGCCAGUUUACUGGAUGAGCUGAGGUUACUGUUGGAGUUGUCUCCUGGAACCCAUGGAAUUGCUGAAGUUUUACAUGAAACUGUUAAGGCUUAAGAUAGUAAGAGUGGAAAUGUCGGUAUUGCUGCAUGAAAGGAAACCUGGGUGAGCUGCAGUUAGGGUCAGCUCCUGAACUCUGUAAGGGACGGCUGCCUGUCAUUCACACCUUGGUUCAGUAAUAGCCAUUCCAGAUAGCAGCAGUUUACACAAAAAGCUUAUUCUUUUUUCAUGUCUGAUAAAACAUUGGCUAUCUACUACUGGGUAAUAACAUUUUGGAUUAUUCAGCAGUUGAACUGUAAAGGAUUGUAUUUGAGGAAGGGUGGCCACUGAGAAUUCGGGCAUUAGAACUUCAGUUGUUUCAGAUCAAUGGAAAAAACUUGGAGACUUUCACUGCAUAGAGCACCUAAAUUUGUUGGACAGUGUGCGAUGGGCAUAAGUUAAAGAACAUGGAAAUCUUUUUGUCUGCAUUUCUACUGUCAUAUAUAUUUGUGUUCUAAAGGCAGAGUUGCUUUGGUUGAUUAAAAACAAAAUAAAAGCUCUGGUUUAGUUUA